AGAAUAUUGGCCUUUGAGUUGUAGCUGUUGUUUUUCUGAUGAUGGAUCCAGCUGUGAUUAUCAUCUUACUUCUCUACAAAAUAGAUUCUGCUCAAGCAGUGAGAAAUUCAGAGCCGUUGGUCAUCUCAGCUGAGCCCGGUGAAGCGGUCACUCUCAACUGUACAUUUGUAGACAACUCAAAUAAAGAUGUUAGGAUGUGGUACAAACAAAGACUGGAGCAUGCGCCACUGGAAGUGGGAUCACAAUUAGAAGGAAAGUUGGCCGUGAUUUCAGAUCAAUUCGACAAAUCGAGAUUUAAACUCAACAGAAUUGCGAAUGGCAUUUCUCUCAGUAUUGAACGUGUCACUAAAGAAGAUGAAGGAAUGUACUUCUGUGGAGAGACUGGAAAGAAAACGCUGGACUUUUCUACUGCUACAUUCUUAGCGGUCACAGGGCAGUUAAACACAUUGGUGCUCCAAACUCCAGUACGGGGGUCAGUUUCUCCGGGAGAGUCGGUCACUCUGCAGUGCACGGUCCUCUCUGAGAUCAGAUCAGCAGAACUCCGAGUGCUCUGGUUCAGAGCUGCUGCAGGACAAUCCUUUCCUGAAAUCAUUUACACUCAUCAGAACAGCAGCAGCCGUCAGUGUGAGAUCAACUCUUCUACACACAGCUCUGUGUACAACUUCUCCAAGAACAUCCUCAACCAGCACCAUACUGGAACUUACUACUGCGCUGUCGCUGCUUGUGGGAAGAUUAUUUUUGGGAAUGGAACAACAGUAGAAAUGAAGAAAGUUCAGGAGGGGGCUGUGAGUGUGAGGACCACCAGACAGGAACAAAACACUGAGAACCUGCAUUACACUGCCAAACACAAUAAAGAGAAGAAAGCCAAAGCUGGGAGAGUGAAGAGAGAAAAGCCUAACGACACUGUGUACUCUCAAGUGGGAAGCUCCAAAGCUGCUGCUCAGCGCUCACAUCGCUAG